GACACUUGUAUUCCCUCUCCUAACUUUCUAUAUCAUUCUUUACAAUCUUUAUGUUGUCCAAGCUUGCUCUCCUUCUUAAAGCAACGGGUGUGAUACAGUUGCUUAUACACGAAUAAGAAAACAAAAUAAAUAACUUACAUUUCGUUAAAACCAUUCUACUUCUUAUCAUUACAUUAUUCAUCAAUCAAUCCAAGCUCCAGUUAAUACUUCGGCUCCAGACAUCAUGCGUGACAGUGAAUCCAAUCAAAAAGAGAAUACGCCUCUAGAGCUACACCCAAAGAGAAUUCUGAGCGAAUGCCAUCAGAAACCAACUCCUCCAUUCAAGAAACGCAAGGGAUCUGAGUCGCCACCUGGUAGAGACUCUUCCCCCGGUUCUGUUUCAAAGUCCUCUCCAAAAGAACAAGAUGUGACCGUAUCAUUUCUUAUAAAAAGUUCAUCCAGAAAUGAGGGAGUUGAGGCAGGAAUAUCUUCUGAGUCUCUUCCAAGCAAGGCGGUAAUGUUCAAAUCGCCACUAGAAAUAGGUCCCUCCAGCCUAAACCACGCAGAAAUUUCCGAGACCAAGAGUAUCCUGGUUACCAAACAAGAUGCUCCGGCUCCUCCCCCUUCGCCUCGACCAAGAAAUGCUGUGCUCCCUCCUCUCUCACCGCUACCAAGCAAGGCUAUGUUCCCUCCUCUUUCACCUCGACCAAGCAAUGCUAUGCCUCCCCCACCUCGACCAGAUAAAGCUAAAGUAUCUCGUAAUAAGAGCACUGGCAAAAAUAAGGAGAGCAUGUCGUUACCUGCUUCAGAUGUUUCGACUUCCCUAUUUUUGUCCCGACCGUUUCAUCCUACGCCGGUCAAGUCGCGCCUUGGAUUGAAUAUUGGAUCAAAAUCAGUCAUUGGCAAAUCCAAAAAUCAGAAUAUCAAGGAAGACCCCAUUGACGAUGAGGGGAUCGACAUGGCCGAUGAAAUUCACAAUUCCGUUGACAGUGACAAGAAAAGUGAUAGAGAAGAGGGAUUAGAUAAAGAAACAGGGACUUCAAAACUCGGGACCUCAACUGCACCACCCAUCACCAGCUCACCGAUGAUUCGUUCAUCGCAAAUUGGCCGAAAAUCCUUGCCUAAGCCAUCCAAGGCUCAAGGCAUACCUUUCAAGAGUAUUAAAAUGGUCAGAGAAUCAAAUAAGAGUUUAAGCAUGAAGAACAAUGGAAUUCCUUUCACCGAGGCUCCGAACCACGACGACAUUACCACUUACCGAGGGGUAAGCUUGAAGGCCCAAAUAGAAGCUCAUAAGUGUGAACUCUGCAUUCCUUAUGGUGGGAAAAUCCCUUAUCCCCGACCAGAAGAUCCUGCUGUCACGGGGCCUCUCUACCGCAAAGUCAUUCAUCUGCGAAGAGGUUCUGACAAAAUCGUCACUACUGCCAUCGAAUUUACCGAUGCUCCUGGUGAAGAUAGCAUUCAUGCAUUCAUUGAUCGUGCAGAGAGUGAUGCCUACAAUGCAGGUAUGCCUAUGAAUCUCGAGCCAAGAGUAUUCGCGGUCAAAUGGAGCGAUGGAGCCCAGGAUCGUUAUCCAAUUUACCGGUCGGCUUACAGUAUUCGUUAUGAUCCAUACGUUUCUGUGAUCGACAACUCUGCGAGUUGGAGAUUAAUGAUUCAGCAAAUGCGCAAACCCAUUUUGUCAAAACAGAACUGGAUGAUGUGGUGGACGGAGAAGGAUUUUGAAAAAGAUCGGGAGACCGUAUCAUAAAGCUAUGGUAAGAUUAUCGAGUACUGCAUAUACAUAUAUACACAGAAGCAUGUGGUAGUCCUGAAACUUUAUUUCCUCGAGUCAUCAAAAAUGGGAGUGGGAGGAGCUGUGCUAUAAACUCUGCAUCAUUCCUAUGAUUGAAAAUUAUGACGGAGCCAGCUCCGAACGCCUAGCUUCUUUUAUCCUUAUGUCGUUUCUCAUGGCUAAGCUUGUGUGAAUUGAAAAUUGGCUAUCAAAUUGGUGUAGGUCUAAGUCAAAAGCGGUGGUGGAGCUGGUCUAAAAACUAAGCUUUCGCUAAAUUCACAGUUGAAAUAUGUAUACGUAGAAACUUUAAUUAAUGUAUUGCUUUCUUCA